GGGAGGGGGCGGCGGCGGCAGGAGCAGCGGCAGGAUGGGGCUGGAGCUGUACCUGGACCUGCUCUCGCAGCCCUGCCGGGCGCUCUACAUCUUCGCCCGGAGCAACAACAUCCCCUUCGAGUUCAAGCGGGUGCAGCUGAUGAAGGGGCAGCACAAGACAGAGGAGUUCCGGAAAGUGAAUGUCCUGAUGAAGGUGCCUGCACUAAGGGAUGGUUCUUUCACCUUAGCAGAGAGCAUUGCAAUCCUCCUGUACCUCGCCCAGAAAUUCAAGACUCCUGAUCACUGGUACCCAUCUGACCUGCAGAAGAGGGCGAGGGUUGAUGAGUACCUGUCGUGGCAGCAUGCCAACAUCCGUGCCAAGGGGAGCAAGGUGUUCUUAAUGAAGGUGCUGCUGCCGGUCCUCACAGGCCAGCCCCUUUCUGCAGAGAAACUGGAAUUUCUUAUUGAGGACCUCAAUGUUGUCCUAAAGCAGUUUGAAGAGAAGUUCUUGCAGGACAAGCCCUUCAUCGCAGGCAGUGAGAUCUCCCUGGCAGACCUCGUAGCGCUGGUGGAGCUCAUGCAGCCUGUAGGUGCUGGCUACAACCUCUUUGAGGAGAGGCCCAAGCUGGCGGAGUGGCGCAGGCGGGUGGAAGAAGCUGUGGGGAAGGAGCUCUUCCAGGAAGCCCACGAAGGGAUCAUGAACAUUAAGAACUUGACUGCUGAUCAGUUUGCACCUGAAAUGCUGGAGGGUUUCAAGCAACAGCUCCUGAAGCAAGUCAGCCAGAAUUAGAGGAUUAUGCUCUAAUAAAAAAGAUUAUUUUAUGAA